CAUUCCCCCUUGUCCUGUCACUAGUUACAAGACAGAAGAGGCCGACCCCCAGCUCACUAAAAGUUCCUUUUGGAGAGCUAGCUUUCCUCCUGUAAGGAGGACUUGCUGCAUUCAGACAACAUGGUGAUUCCUUUUUUUUCCCAGCAAAGAUAAAGUCAACCUCCUGCCUGUCACAAAUGUGAAGCUGAUUGAAAACGCUGCUCUCCUGGGGCUGUGUGGGGAGGCAGCCCGCUGCACCUCAGCUGUCCUUUUGCCUGGGAACAUCCCUUCUUCCAAGACUAGUUUCCCAGGAUCAGUGAUUUCUCUACCAAGUAAUUUGCAUUCCUUUGGUUUGUUUGGGCAGGGUGGCCCGCACAGUAUCAGAAAUCCGUUGCGCCUAAUGUUUUCUGUGCAGGAAACGUAAUCAGCUAAAAAUACGGACUAGUGCGGGUUUAGUAAAGGUGGGAAAUUCUGUGUUGAAACUGAGGAACAGAAGGGGCUGUAGGAGCCAACUUUGAUCUGCCAGGACUGACUUUUUACAGGCGUGAGUAUUUGUCGAGGGUGGGGUUGGCUCUGAGCUGUGCUGGUGGAUGAGAGGAGGGCAGGGACUGGGGCAGAACCGGUGUCCUAGCACAGUUUGCAGACCAGGUGUUGCUGUGCAAUGUGGGAUGCAUGUUCUCUGCAUCUUUGUGUUGUACUUGUAAAGCCCCAGCUUGGCUGCCCAGGGUCGAGCAAGGCAGGCUGCUGGCAUUUAACAGCUUUUCCGUGAGGGAAAUGAGUGCCAGUUUGCAAUAUCGUGCUGGAUGCAAGGAUGCUUCAGACUAAAGUUCCUUGGACCCCUUCUUGUCAAAUGGUGAUGAUGCACCUGGCUUCUUGGCGCUGAGUGCAUGCUCUCCUGCCAGUGCUCACCCAUGUGAGUGAGUGGUAUGAGUUGUGAUGUAACUCAAAAGCUGCCUGGCUGGGACCCCUCUCAAACUGCAGCAUCACUGCUUCAGCAUCACUGAUUAAACUGUGCCAGUGCACAUCAAACAAGGGGCAAAAUCCCAUCCCAGCCUUUGCCUGUACUUCCAGUUGCUUGCUUGGAACUCUUUCACCUGCAGCUUGUUUGCCUGGUCUGCAUUUAUCUUCCUUCUCUGCCCCCUCCUCGUGCCUCUUGCUGCCUGGCUCUUGUGGAAAGAGCAGGAGUUAGUAGCCAGGACUGCUCUUUCUGUACUGUACUGGUAGCUUCUUGUUUUAAAUCAGUUUUGUCCGUUCCAUAAAGCCACACUGCUCUCUUUGGGAAGGUGAUUCUUCUGUUUAGCCUGCUUCAAUUUUAAUGCCAUUUGAAAUGCUGUCUGGUGAAGGGCUGUGGUGCAGCUAUAAGACAGACACACGGAACGUCUUUGUCGGUGGGAAAAGAAACCAACAGGUGCCUGCCACCACUCUCGUGAUCUGCCAAAUCUAAUUUUUCCCUUCAUGCAUUUUGACUUCUUUUUGGUCUUUAACCUCCAGAAAGCUAAACGAAAUGCAUCCGGGCUGGCUCAUUCACUCCCCAUCUCCCGGGCUUUCCUCAUCCAGGAACUUCAGUGCUUCCCAAGUGCUGUGCUACCUGGAGUCCUGUGCCCUGAGCCUGCGCCUGGCUCUGCCCCAGCGAUGCAGAGACUGCUGAUGUCUUGGCACCCGCAGUACCGCAGCUCCAAGUUCCGCCAUGUGUACGGCAAGGCUGCCAGCAAGGAGAAGUGCUACGACUGCGUGCCCAUCACGCACAGCGUCCACGACAACCACUUCUGUGCUGUGAACCCACACUUCAUCGCGGUGGUGACCGAGUGUGCAGGCGGAGGGGCCUUCCUCGUCAUUCCCAUCCACCAGACAGGGAAGCUUGACCCACAUUAUCCCAGAAUAUGUGGGCACAAAGGGAACGUCCUGGACAUCAAGUGGAACCCAUUCAAUGACUUUGUAAUAGCUUCGUGUUCGGAAGAUGCCACCGUUAAAAUCUGGGACAUCCCCAAGCACCUGCUAACAAAAAACAUCACCACUCCGAAGAAAGAACUUCUUGGCCAUGCUCGAAGGGUUGGCCUCAUUGAAUGGCAUCCCACUGCCAGUAACAUCCUCUUCAGCUCCGGCCAUGACUACAAGAUCAUGAUCUGGAACCUUGAUACCAGGGAAGAUGUCCUGUCAAACCCAGUGAAGAUCCUUGAUGCUCACAAGGAUGUGGUCCUCUCCAUGUCAUUCAACACGGAUGGCAGCCUCCUUGCCACAGCCUGCAGAGAUAGAAAGAUCCGUCUGAUAGACCCUCGUGCAAGAACAGUCCUACAAGAAGCCAGCUACAAGUCUCACAAAGCCAAUAAAGUCUUAUUUCUUGGAAACAUGAAAAAGCUGCUCUCUACUGGAACAUCCCGGUGGAAUAAUAGGCAAAUUGCAUUGUGGGAUCAAAAUGACCUUUCUGUGCCUUUACUGGAGGAGGAUCUGGAUGGCUCCUCGGGGCUCCUGUUUCCUUUCUACGAUUCAGACACAAACAUGCUUUAUGUUGUGGGAAAGGGUGAUGGAAAUAUACGGUACUAUGAGAUUAGCCCUGAGAAACCAUACCUGAACUACCUGAUGGAAUAUCGCUCUCAUUUACCGCAGAAGGGAAUAGGAAUGAUGCCAAAAAGAGGCCUUGAAGUGUCAGCUUGUGAGAUUUUCCGUUUUUACAAACUGAUCCCAACCAAAAGCCUGAUUGAGCCCAUCUCCAUGAUUGUCCCUCGACGGUCGGAGUCAUACCAGGAAGACAUCUACCCCUUGACCACUGGAGGCCAGCCAGCAAUGACGGCACAAGAGUGGCUGAACGGAGUUAACAAAGGGCCUCUCUUGGUGUCCUUAAGACCAGGCUCUGGACCUGUGAAUUCCUUACCGCAGCUUCCCGAGCCAGAGCCACUUGUGAAGAGUCCUGACCUGACCCAGUACAAGGGUCAGGGAGGAAGAAUGCCACCGGAGGAGAUGCAGAAGAAAAGUGACAUCAAAGACAGCAGAAACCAGCUGAAAGUGGAGGAGAGGUUGCCGAAAAAUGAGCACAUGCGUCUCUCCAAUGGCUUUGACAUAUUUGAGUGCCCACCACCAAAAACUGAAAAUGAGCUUCUGCAGAUGUUUUACCGACAACAGGAAGAAAUCCGUAGACUACGUGAGCUGGUAAAUCAGAGAGAUGUCAAAAUUAAACAACUGGAGCUGGAGCUCAGAAACGUCUACACGGCCACAGGCAGGUACUGAAUGUGCUGGCCUGUGGCUCAUUGCACCCUCAGCAGCUGCAGCAGACUCCAUUUCUUGCAGAAGACUCCUAGUUUUUUUGCUGGGGGAAAAACUGAUGCUUCAGGCAGCAUGGAUUUCCCUGGCUUGUGCUGGUCACAUUUCCCUAAUCAUCACCUGACAGUUAUUGAUGGACUUGCUGUACUUCUUCAGUCUCCUCUUGCUUGCCAAGCCACUUGUGUCUGAAGCUCAUGCAUUAAUGGUAGUGAGAGACUUUGGAAAAUCUUGCUCUUGUCCUGGAGAAGCCACCUGUUAAGCUCUAGGACCAAAAACCUGUUUUGCUGCACCUCCAGAUUACACAAUAGGAGAGUAAAGGCAGCUGCUUGCUUCUUUUCCCACCUCUGACUCCAAAGUGAUCCUCGUGCCACCUCCUGCCUCACGACUCAGCCCUGCGUCAGGGGGCUCAACAGUACUGCAGCUGCCCUCACCUGGUGCUGGGGAUAGUCCUGCUCUGUGCAGGAGGUUGCACUGGGGCUGGCAACGGUCAGCACUUUGGCAGUAGGUGAAGGAGGGCUGCUCUGUUCAGAGAUGCCACGCAAAAGGGGCAGUGGUGCUGGCUGGUUCCCACCAUAGAAGCUGCAGGUGCAACAGAGCUCUCCAUGUCCUCUGAGUCAGGGGCUCCUUUCCUUCUUUCUACCAAAGACUCCUAGCCCGCUGCAGACCUUUCAGCAACGGUGCUAGAAAAGCAAUCUCAGCCACAAGUGAAUCAUGGGACCAUGGCUGGCCACAGAUAGCCCUUCCUGUUCCUGUGCUGCUGCCUUCUUAAUUCCCAGGUGCCAAUGCCUUGUCCUGUUCCUGCUGGGCUCCUCCUUCCAGGCUGUGCUGCUCCAUCUCCUGCACAUUCCAGCAGGCUGACCCAUCACUGCAGGUCCCACAGUUCGCUUGUCUGUGCCCAGCAACACCAGCUCGCUGCCAUCCCUUUGCAUAGGGUGAGAGCAGCUGCAGGUCCUAUCCUUGUUUUCAGCUUGGCACCGGUGACCAUCUUUGAGCAGAUGCUGUCUCCAGCAUGCAGAGCUGGGCCAGCACAUGGGAGUGCAUGGUCUCCCCUGCCUAGUUGGUGUCUGUGGGUCUCACUUGCUCCUGAGAAGUGCGAGCUGAUGAGGCAUGGCAUGAAGACAGCGGGCUGUCAGCAGCCCAGGAAUCUGAAUGCAGCAGCAGCUCCCAAGAGGGAAUAAUCUUCCUUGCCCUAAAUGCAGAGCUCAUGGAGAUGUCCCUGUCCCAAAUGGAGCAAGAAAAUGUUGGUUAAUCUGUAACUGCACAUCUGUUGUGGCACGUGUAGUAGUGAAUAGUAUGCCUUGCUGGUUCCAUGUAGCCUGAUGCUUUCCCAGAUAUUUUCCAUCAUCAUUCUCCUGCAAACAGGACUCCUUGGGAAGGGGAUUAGGGGCUGAGCACUAUCUGUGCUCGUGUGAGAUGCUCUUCUGAUUCCCCAGCAAGGCGCUCAGGGGCACCAAAUGCUCAUGUGUGGCAAUCAUACAAAGGCUUUGGCAGCCCAUUUGCUUUACAGCAAGAGGUUCACUCAGCCUUCAAAAAUACUUCAUUCAUUUCUACGUAGCAACAACGGAUGUGGGUGCUAAAAAGUCAGACAUGUUUGUUUCCGUAAUAGUGGGGGGUGGGGAGGGGUAGUUGUAAUGUUUUUCAGGAAAAGCCCUUAGCAUCAGUCACUUAUUUCAUAGAAUAUCCUGAGUUGGAGGGGUCUGACAAGGUUCAUCAAGUCCAACUCCAACUCCUCUUUAACGCUACUCUUUUUGUAAAAAAAAAAAAAAAAAAAAGGAUUAAUAUUAUGUUAAAAACGGCUUUGUUGAACCAAACCUUCA